CAUGUAUAAAGUUUGUCAGAGGGAUUCUGGGACAUAAACAUUCGAGCAAAGAUGGCUGCGCCCAUAGGACGCUCAGCUUCAAAAUUAGCUGUUAAAGUCGUAGCGCAAACAAAAAAAGAAAGUAUUGGCGCUAUCAUUUUCCUCCAUGGAUCAGGUGAUAGUGGAGAGCAUUUUCACUCCUGGAUUGUGGAUACCUUAGGAGAGGAAUUAUCUUUUCCGCACCUGCGUGCUCUGUAUCCAACCGCACCAUCCAGGCCUUACUCAGCUGCAGGUGGUAUGUGUAGCAAUGUGUGGUUUAACCGUUACACAAUUGAAUUUGAAUCACCUGAGGACACUUCCUCUAUACAACACAUGAAUGUGGAGAUCAGUAAACUCAUCCAAGAUCAGAUAAACAGUGGUAUACCUAAAGAAAGGAUCAUUAUAGGUGGUUUUUCCAUGGGAGGAUCUAUGGCUCUUCAUGUUGCUUAUAGUCAGCAUACAUCUAUAGCUGGAGUUUUUACUUUAUCUUCAUUUCUAAAUCAAGAAUCCUUAGUAUAUAAGGCUUUACAGGCACACAGUGGACCCAUACCACCAUUAUUUGCUUGCCACGGAAAUGCUGAUGAAUUGGUGUUGUACGAUUGGGGGAAGUCAACUGUUGAAACUCUACAGGAGCACAAUGUUCAAACAGAGUUUCACACUAUUCCUGGGCUUAGCCAUGAGCUACAUAAAGGUGUAUUACAACAGCUGAAAGCUUGGAUAUUGAAGGUUUUACCAGAGGCUUGAGUUUAGAUGUUUUGCAUAUUUGCUAUGUUUAAUUCAUGUUUUUCAGAGUCAAACUCUGAAUAAGCCCCAAGCAGGAGAAAGAAGAUGGCAACCAGCAUUGACAAAAAUGGCAAAACAUCUUGUAAUGAAAAUUUAAAAAUAACUGAUGAAAAUUUUACUCAACAAAGAGUAUCAGUUUAAUGAACUUUGAAGUAGUGAUGCUGAUGAUGAUGAGGAGGAUGAAGGUAAUGGUGAUGAUGAAGUAAUAGAGAAGAUGAUGAUGUAUGUAAAGAGGAUGUGACAAAGAUGAUGUAAGGAAGAUGAUGGUGAUGAGAAGAAAGGAUGAGGAUGAUGAUCAUGAAAAAGCUGAUGAUGAUGAUGACGACGAUGAUUACGCUGAUGACAGUGAGAUGGCAGCCCUGGGUGUAUGGAUAUGAGAUAUACGGUGGUAGUUAUUAUAGGUGGACUAAACAUUACAUUAUUCUUGAAAUAUCUUUGUGAAAAAAAUGUGUGUGUACAGUAUUAUUUUUAUUAUUUCAGUUUGCAUCAGAUAGGGCAAAACAUUACUCCAAUUAUUAUUAUAAUUAUUAUUAUUAUUUAAUGGUAUUAUGUUGGGUACCUGGUAGGAGGUGAGGUUGCACGAGUAUGAUCCAAUGGCCAAGGAAAGAAAACACCUUUAGCGGUUUUCUGCAUAUGUGCACAAUAUAAAUCCUAUAUGAAUAUAUAUUAUAAUGACCAUCAUCUUCAUUGUUAUUGUUAUUAUAUUGCUUUGUGUUUAUGAAUCUUUUACCUUUAAUAGCAACUUUGACACUGAAAUCUUCAAAUUUUAUAUGUUUCAAGAUAUGUAUUUCAGCCAUUUUUAUCAAAUAUCAAAACAUUUCAUAUGAAUAUAUGCAUCAAGGAAAUUAAUUUAUUGUGAAUUGAUUUUUUUGUUUUGUUCUUUAAUUUGUUUAGUUAGAUGCCCACAAAACUGAGAACACCUGUGAGUUAUGUACUAGCCGGUCUUUUGCACCUAAAAUUGCUGGUAAAUGGAAGCAGUGAUGUGGGUUAUGGUCGUUUUUCUGGUAGCCUUUAGUUUAAAAGGAUAAGCUUUUUCAUGGUUUUCACAAGCGCCUUGAGCACUUUAGUGGAGAUGUGCGCUUAAUAAAUCUUAUUAUUAUUAUUAUU